CUUUUUUUUUUCCUUCCCUCCCUGGGACUGAAAGCAGGAUCCGCGUCCCUGAAACUGCUAUGCCAGCUGAACUCUCCCGGGCCGUGGGAAUGCACGCUAUCUCCGACCUGCACUCCUCCCUCCCUCUGCGGCUCCUCAACAAGGGGCCCGAGUACCUCCGCAGGCAGAUGGAGGCCGGCAACCCGGGCAGGAAAAGUGCCGUGGAGAGACUGGCCGCCGAUAAGGCCAAGUACGUAAAGAGCCAGCAGGUCAUCAGCACCAGGCAAGAGCCCGUCAUCUCGCUCAGCUCAGCCUCGGAGAGCAGCAGCGAGACCUGUUCGGUGGAGAGCAAAGCAGUCAGCAGGGACUUGGGCAGAGGGAAGGGCGCGAAGCCCCUGGAGCUGGCCAAGGCGGGGUACUCCUGCCGCGCCCCCUUGCAGCACGGCCCCCCCAUCGCCAGGCGCAGCACCCACAAGAGACAGAUGCGGCCGGAUUCCCUGGUGAUUUACCGUCAGAAAUGCGAGUUUGGGAGAGGUCAAAGCCAGGACAGCUCGCGGGGGAACUUGGUGAAGAGAAUCUUCCAUGGGUCCAUAAAGGAGAAGCAGUUGCCUUCCCCUGAGUUGCCCAGAGUCAUGGAGGACACCGUGGGCACUGAGAGCAAUGAGCCCCUCUCGGCAAAAGAUGGUGACCACGAGCCAAGCGACUAUGCAGUGGAGCAAACGGUCCCUGUGAGCACCGAAGGCCCAGGGGUAUGUACAAAAGAGCAUGAGAGACCCUCAAACCUGAGUAUACCUCCUGACGAGGUCAAGGAGGUGAAGAGGAGAGGUCUCCAUCGGUCCCAGUCGGACAUCAGCUCUCGCUACUCUAAGUCCUUCGCUGAGUUUGAUACAUUUUUCAAGUACUGUGGCCUGGAGCAGGAGGUCAUUGAGGACCUGGGAAGAGAGAACUUCUCCGUGGUGUCUGACAAUGUCUCCUUCAAGUUCCGCAGCAUCAGUGUGGCAACAUCUGAGAGCGACUUUACGAGGCACAGUGGGGAUGAGGGGCUGCUGGAGGAUGAACUCACAGAGCAGGUCCCAAGCAGCACCUCUGUGGUCGAGCGAAAUGCUCGGAUAAUCAAAUGGUUGUAUACGUGUAAGAAAGCCAAGGAGAAUAACAAGGUGAUCCAGGAACUGGCGUGAUGGCUUCUUUCAGCGUGCGUUGCAGCCUGGUGAACUCAAGAAUACUUGACUUGGAAGUUGAACAAAACCAGACACAGGAAGAAACUCUUCCCUCAUCUGGCUUAUGACUACUUUGUCCAAGUUUAGUAUUUUAUUAUUACCUCCUACCCUCACCCCCAUCCCUUGGAAGCCUCACUCUUGUCAAGCCCAAGGGUGUCGAAGACUGCGAUGACAAGUGGAGGUUGUGAACUGUGCCCCAGCAAGACAACACAAAAUUAAAGCCCCUGGAAAAGUGAAGUGUAGCAGCAACUGCCAUCCACAAUAACAAUCAGCAUCAGCUCACUGCCUCAGGAUGCCAGUCCAAGCUGUGACAGAAGGUCUGUGUUGUGCACCCAUCUCCUUCUAGCAAUGAAUUUGUCAACAGGGAUAUGGGGAGAAAGCGGGAACGAAGUGGCAAUGACCUCUGGGUCAGGCAUUUCCUUGCAGACAGACACACUCCACCUGCACGUUCAAAGGCUGUGUCUUACCAGGGCUGUAUGACCAGAGCUCACCCUGACAUCAUUCAAAAUCAUCCUCUUGGCUGGUGAGGACUAACUGUGGUAACUUUAUCUGGGAUACUUGGCAAACAUGUUGUAAGCUAAAUCCCUGCCAAACCUCUCUUUCUCUGCGAGUAUUCAAACCAAAUUGGUGUACCUAGUUUGCUCUUGCUAGUUUGUCACACAGCUUGCUCAGCCAUUGGGAAAGGAUAGCCCAAAAUACUGCCAGGAUGGUUCCAAGAAACAGGUAUUGAGGGAGGGUUAUGCAUUGUUUCUGCUUGCAGAACAGUACAAUUUGUUUGCAAUGUGUGCCCAACUCUGACAUUGCAAACAUUGCAAACUUUGGUAGCUUGUGGUUUAACACCUUUAAUUUUAUGUAUUGUGAGUGAUCAGGUGGCUUACAGAAUCACGUUAGGAAAUUGUGAAGCCAAACUUCCCUAGCAGUAGGGCUAUGCAAGACAGCAUUUCUGCCCUGCAAGGCAAAAAGGCAUAUUAGGGCACAGCCGGCCCUCAUGACACCCAGUGUAGACAGCACCUUACUCAAUAUCAUCAGUAAAAUGCUUCAUUUGGGCUGGCUGAGCUAAAUGUGUUUUAAAAGCUGAUACUUUGGAUCAUCAGUGUAGUGAAUGAGGCCUCUGCAACAACUCAUGGAAUUUGCUGGCUCUUCCUCAAACAUCCCAAUCUGUCAUUGCUUGCUAGCAAAUGUCUUACACCAAAGCAUUUCUAUGUGGACAUUACAAACCACAAAACACUGCAAAAAGAAAAACCCAAAGCUAGUUUCCCUUUAAUUUGCACGGAUGGCCACCUGUGAUAACUGCACCGCUGGCACACUGGGGACUUGUCCUGGGGGUCCUACAGACGUUAAAAGUUUACUUUGUGUUACCAUGGAUGUGGAAGAGUUGUUCUUCAAGAGCUCAUUAAGUGACAUAGUUGACAUCAGGUAAAAAUAAUCUGAGUUGCAUUUCCCUAUGUUUUAAAUGUGCUUGUCAGUCCCUGGAUGGCUGGUUCUCAAUUACAGCAACAGUUUGGGAAUGCAGGGCAUUUGUCUUCUGUUUCUAGUGUUACGUACUAAAGUCUGCAUGUCUGAAGUUCUUGAAAUAACUGGAUAACAAUUCCAGAUAAAAUAAUUGUUGAACCCACUUUUUACUUGGGAGAAAACUAACUAGUUUGUAUGAGUGAGCUCCUGCAGACUUAGAGGGAAGGUAAUACAGGCAGAUAUUUUUUUAAAUAAUGGAAUUUCCAUGUGUAUUUGUUACAUUAUUAUGAAAGGAUGCUUCUCAGAAAACUCCAAGAUGGUGCUCAUAUAGUAAGAAUUAUAGUAAGAAUUAUACACUUAAGAUGCAGGUUUUUAAGGCUCGAGUCUGGGUUUAUUAGUCAGGGACACAACCUGACACAUCUGUUCUGUACAUGCUCAAUUUGCAAGGUGCCAUACCACAUAUAUGUUUAUAUACAGUUGUCAGAGAUAAGGAUUGCUUUUCUUUGAAAAUACAGAUGCCUGUAGACAGCUCAGAGUGCAGGAAAAAUCUUUUGCAUUACAAUUCAGUGCCCCACUGCAAGAGAAGAGAAUUAUUUUGUUUUGUU